AACGGUUGCUCGAGCGUGAUGAUGACCCUAUCCCCAUGCCUUGACUUCAUCGGAAGCAAAGCCCUGGAGCCCGGCUUCUCCUGCUGCACCACGCUCGCCGGCAUCGUCCAGACCGACCCCCGUUGCCUGUGCAUGGUUCUCGAUGGCAGUGCGGCGUCAUUUGGCAUCGCCAUUAACCACACGAGGGCCCUGGAGCUCCCUGGCAUCUGCAAGGUCCAAGCACCGCCGAUUAGCCAAUGCACAGCCAUCCCAGUUCCUCCAGCAACAGCGCCAGAGGACCCACCGGAGGAGACGAGCAACCAAGUCGCAGAUGCACCUAAAGAGUACACGAGUAUUUACCACCCUAGACCAAUGUAAGUUAAAAAAUUCUGGUGAUCAAGGAAGCCCGAAUUCGAAUGCAACAUCAAGCUCCAGGAACUCAAAGAGUGCAGCAAAUUUGAUGGUCACUAUGCUUAUACCUACAUGUGCAUUAAUCUAUGUCUUCUAAGUGUUGGACAGUUUCAUUUUCUGCGGCCUUGUAUUAAAUGACAAGACCAAUAGAAUACCAUUUAGUAUGAUAUAUCUUUCCGAUGAGUCUCAGCAAAAAAAUGUCGUGUCAUUCAGUAUAAGAAGCCAAUUAACUCCAGCAGAUGUGCAUAACAUGAAUUAACACGUAUAGCUAGCUACAUUGACAUAACAUUUUUUGUCAAGCAUACUUUGCCUGGUAUUUUCGAGUUAUCAAACUGUUUCGCAAGUAAUUAUUUCA